AUGCUAGUCAUUCGGAAGUCCUUAAAUUUGCAGCUCCUUGAUCAUUGUAUGUUUUGGGCGGCAUGCACGCUGGGGUAUUUUGGGUUUCUACAGUCCGCGGAAUUUACGGUCCCUUCUUUGGCAACUUUCUCCCCCUCGGUUCAUUUGGGCGUGCAGGAUAUCGCAGUAGACUCCAGCACAGUUCCCUCGUGCAUCCGCGUCACUAUCAAGGCGUCCAAGACAGAUCCGUUCCGCAAGGGCUGCUCCAUUCAUAUUGGCCUCGGCAAGUAUCCCCUAAGCGCUGUCCACGCAUUACUGGCCUAUUAG